AUGAGUCUUUUAUCAUUGUAUGCGGCAUUAGAGCCGUAUGUGGACAUCCCCUUCAAUGCAUCCCUCAGCGGCAUACUCUUCCUUGCCUACCGCUGCCUCAUCUCUAAACCCGGUUUUCUCCUCACUAUUGUCUACACUACCAGCGCCAUUAUCAUCCUUUUCGAUAGAAGCUCCACCAAAGGCGAAAUGGCCAAAACAAUGGCUACGAUGCCCCUCGGCCUCGGCUCCGUCCUUCUUUUCAUCGUCGCUAGCAGACCGACCAAAGCGCAAUGGCUACACGCGUUCACCAUUUACGUCAACUUUGCGGUCUAUGGCAAUAUUCUCAUGAUGGUCGCGACCCCUUCUGGAGGGACCUUCCGUGGCAUUUGCUGCAAAGUCGCUUGCAUCUCUCUCUCCGCCUGGAUUAUUCUACAAGGGUAUCAAGUGCAGUGGAAAACUAUCAUGCUACAUGACAACCUCUUUAUUUUCACCGCUUCUUCCAAGAGCUGGAUUUUUGCGCACGCAGUCUACAGGUUCAUUCUACUCACGCUGCCAUGCUUUGGGUCUGGAAGACGUCACCGGCUUAUGGAGGUGCAUUCUCUUGGUCUGACAUACUUAUUGUCGUGGAGUACUGGGCUGCCGUUUGAAUACUGCUUCGGCAUGGCGGAUACGAUCGUGGCGCCUGCAGCCACAGCGUGGUCAUCCGUUUCCAAGACUUUCAAUCUCAUUCCGCGUGAUGCAGGAAAGGGUCAGCCAUCUCCGAGCGGCAUCUCGGACACUGGGGAUAUAUGCUUGGGAAUCGUGGCGCUCGCUGUUACUUCGUAUGCCGGCCUUAACGCGCUGUCUCAGAGUCGCGAACCCUCUCGAUGA